AUGUCGACCAGUAGGGCAGCGAUAGAGGUUGUUAGGGAGACCUGGAAAUCCUUGCUGAAUGCUGGAGGGUUGGAUACAAGGCUUCUUUCAGGCUUUAAAGUCCUUGACGCAAAGGCCGAUGAAGGAAUCAUCAAGGCUGAAAUGCUCGUGGAGCAGAUACAUCUGAAUCGUGCUCAUGGCUUGCAUGGCGGGUGUAUAUGUACUUUAGUCGACAUUGCUGGCUCCCUAGCAGUAUCAGCUCGCCGCCAAUCAAGUGGAUUUACAGGAGUCUCGACCGACAUACAUGUCAGCUUCUUGAAUGGAGGAAAGCUUGGUGAUAGGCUGCUAAUAGAGUCGAUAUGCUCCAAGGCUGGCAAGACACUAGCCUUUACUUCGACUAAAAUCUCUGUUGGGGAUAAGCUACUAGCUACGGGAUCACACACCAAGUACAUCGGUGCAGCAAUCAAACCUGUGAGUAAACCUCUAGAGUGA